AUUCGUCUUGCCCAUUGGCGUGCACAGAGGCCAAGGAGACAGUCAGUUAUCAGCAGAAGGGUUGCAAGAGAAGCCAAAGAUGAUCCAGAGAGUGUUGAGUGUUGUGCUUGUUAGUGGUUUAGUGGUGGCCACCACCCUUGGUGCCUCAAUUGCUGACAAUGAAAUUGAAAGUCGUCAGCUGCAGAUUCACUCCGGUGAGGAGCUCAUUGACUCCAUUAUGAGUGAUUGUUUUAGCGGUGAUACAUUCAAGUGUCUCAAAGGGAGGGUACUCUGCUACUUGGAUACCAAUUUGGGGGUGGCGGAGAAAAGUGCACGAGCCUUUGAGGAAGACAACGUUGAUCGAGCAAUUUUCGAUCGCGUCGGUCGUGUCCUGAGCACCAGCGAAUUUCGAAUGGCUCUCCCUGAGGCAAUCUUUGGACAGACUGUUCUCACUUAUCGUCCCGAUGAAGGAUUCAACUUCCUUGUUCCAACACAAAGAGCUCGCAAUGGAGAUCUGAAGGAGAAGCUCCUCAUCCCCAUUUUGCUUCUCAUGAAGCUCAAGCAGAAGAUUGUCCUGCCCAUUGUUCUGGGAUUGAUCCACCUUAAGGCAGUUAAGGCCUUCAUCAUGUCCAAAUUGGCCAUCACUCUUGUUCUUGGCUUCCUUUUGCACAAUCUGCUGAAGAAGAAAGGCCUCCUACCCAUGCCAAUGGCCAUGAUGCCCAUGCCACCCCCAGAACCAGCCCCAGUUUACGGUGCUCCCGCCCCAUCUCCAGCCCCAGCUUCCUCCUACCAACCCAGCAGCUGGGAGCCAUCCAGCGGUGGACCAUACUCGAGAAUAUGGGAACCCUCAACUGAUGCCCAACAAAUGGCCUACAGUAGCUACUACCCAGGCUCAUCUUCGUCAUCUUCGGUCUCCUCAUCAUCGAGCUCUGGAUCUGUCGGAUCUAGCAUCUCGCCCCAUGCAUACUGAAGUGUUCAAAGGAAGUCGAGAGCUUCUGCAAUAAUGCAAAAUGUUUAAUUUAUUAAUCGCAAAUUUAUUUAUUUAAAUAAAUGUCAAAACGAGUCGAAAUUACUUUCUGUACAAUUUUAAAUUAUAUAUUUUAGUCCAAAGAUUAAAAUAAUAAAAUACAUACCUUCUACUAUAA